AUGGAUCGGUUUAACGCACAAAACACUCAGGAUGAAAAUUUUUCUUUUCUUGAAUACUCUGGUGGCGAUACUCAGGCGUCUCAAUAUGAUUACAAUGAGUUCUCCCUUGACUCAACUUUAAAUUCUCAACAAACUCUUGACGGUUCACAAUCACAGUUUAUUGAGCCUGAUUUAACAGGAGUCGACGAAAUUGACCCAUUUCAAGAUUUAACAAUUGUUGAAAGAGAAUUACCGGAACAUGCUUGCAGGUACUGCGGAAUACACGCAGUGAGCUCCGUGGCUAGAUGUGUUACAUGUAGCAAGUGGUUUUGUAAUUCGCGAGGAAAUACCUCGGGUUCUCAUAUAAUUAAUCAUCUUGUUCGAGCUAAACAUAAAGAAGUUGCUUUACACCCUGACUCGACACUUGGUGAAACUACACUUGAAUGUUACAAUUGUGGAUGUAGAAAUGUUUUUUUACUUGGAUUUAUUCCUGCAAAAAGCGAUACUGUUGUCGUAUUACUUUGUCGUCAACCGUGUGCCGCAAUGCCAAGUAGUAAAGAUAUGAAUUGGGAUACUUCUCAAUGGCUUCCUCUUAUAGACGAUCGAUGUUUCCUUCCAUGGCUUGUUAAAGUUCCUAGCGAGCAAGAGCAGCUUCGUGCUCGGCAGAUCACAGCACAUCAGAUCAACAAACUUGAGGAAUUGUGGAAAGAUAACUCAGAAGCAACACUUGAGGAUUUAGAAAAACCUGGUAUUGAUGAUGAACCACAACCUGUCUUAUUAAGAUAUGAAGAUGCUUAUCAAUAUCAAAAUAUUUUUGGACCUUUGGUUAAAAUGGAAGCUGAUUAUGAUAAGAAAUUAAAGGAAUCUCAGACUCAGGAUGAUAUUGUUGUUCGUUGGGAUAUUGGUUUGAAUCAAAAACGUAUAGCAUGGUUUUAUUUACCAAAAUUAGAAUCCGGAGAGGUUCGUUUGGCUGUUGGCGACGAGUUGAGGCUUCGAUAUAGAGGUGAAUUGCACCAAUCAUGGGAGUGCGUCGGACAUGUCAUUAAGAUUCCGAAUAAUGUUAGUGAUGAAGUUGGUUUGGAAUUACGACGAAAUGAUAAUACUCCGGUAGAAUGUACACAUAAUUUCUCGGUAGAUUUUGUUUGGAAGUCAACUAGUUUUGACAGAAUGCAAGCAGCUAUGAAAACAUUUGCGGUUGAUGAGACUUCAGUAAGUGGCUAUAUAUAUCACAAGCUUUUAGGUCAUGAAGUAGAACCACAAGUUUUGAGAACCCAAAUGCCAAAGAGAUUUUCCGCCCCAAACUUGCCAGAGUUGAACCAUUCACAAGUAUAUGCUGUAAAAAGCGUUCUACAAAAACCUCUUAGUCUUAUCCAAGGUCCACCAGGAACUGGAAAAACCGUCACAUCGGCUACUAUCGUUUAUCAUCUUGCCAAAAUGAAUCCUGGUCAAGUUUUAGUUUGCGCACCAUCAAACGUUGCUGUCGAUCAAUUGACUGAAAAAAUUCACGCAACUGGACUUAAAGUAGUUCGUCUCACCGCGAAAUCGCGUGAAGCGCUAGAUUCACCCGUGUCAUUCCUUACUUUACAUGAACAAGUACAUAAUAACGAUACCAAUGUUGAAUUGCAAAAGUUAAUUCAAUUAAAGACUGAACAAGGUGAAUUAAGUAGUUCUGAUGAGAAAAAAUAUAAAGUGUUGAAACGCGCAUGUGAAAGAGAGAUUUUACAGAAUGCUGAUGUUAUACUUUGCACAUGUGUUGGUGCCGGAGAUCCGCGUUUAUCCAAGUUCAAGUUCCGUACUGUGUUGAUUGAUGAAGCUACACAAGCAACUGAACCAGAAUGUAUGAUACCACUUGUUCUCGGUUGCAAGCAAGCCGUUCUUGUUGGUGAUCACCAACAGCUUGGAAUCCGACCUAUUCGUCUGCAAGUCCAAUAUCGUAUGCAUCCAUGUUUAUCUGAAUUUCCAAGCAACAUGUUUUAUGAGGGGUCCUUGCAAAAUGGUGUCACGACCCAAGAACGUCUUCGUAAACACGUUGAUUUCCCGUGGCCAGCACCAGAGACGCCCAUGUUCUUUCACUCAAAUUUGGGACAAGAAGAAAUUUCUAGCAGUGGCACAUCUUAUUUGAAUCGAACGGAGGCUUCGAACUGUGAAAAAGUUGUUACUAAAUUUUUAAAAUCAGGAAUAUUACCCACUCAAAUUGGGAUUAUUACUCCUUAUGAAGGACAACGCAGUUAUGUUGUCAGUUAUAUGCAAUUUAAUGGUUCUUUGCGAAAAGAUCUAUACAAGGAGAUUGAAGUUGCCAGUGUUGACGCAUUUCAGGGACGUGAGAAAGAUUAUAUAAUUUUGAGUUGUGUUCGAAGUAAUGAACAUCAAGGAAUUGGUUUCUUAAACGAUCCUCGAAGAUUGAACGUGGCCUUAACUAGAGCACGUUAUGGUGUUGUAAUUUUAGGAAAUCCAAAGGUUUUAAGUAAGCAUCCUUUAUGGCACCAUCUUCUUAUACACUAUAAAGAAAAAGAUUGUCUAGUGGAGGGUCCUUUAAAUAAUUUGAAAGUUAGCAUGAUACAAUUUAGUCGACCUCGUAGAGCCUAUCGAAAGGACGAUAAAUUUCGACAAGGCUUGGCUCACCAGAUUGAUGCACGUGAGGCUUUUGCAAAGCCACCUCUUGCUAGCGAAAAUCGUCGUGGUGCCAGAUCAUACGAUUCCGAUUUUAUUAGGACACACGAUCCCGUCGGUUAUAUUCCAUCAGACAUGAGCUCAAUUCCAGCGUCAUCUCAAUUUAGUAUCCCGUUACUUCCUACACCUAAUGGACCUUUUACUCAAGAUUUAUCACAGAGCAGUGUUUCUAGCAGAAAGAACGCCAAACAACAACAAAACUCAACAUAUAAUGGUUAUUCACACUCGCUUUCAUCUCAAGGCCCUCUUACUCAGAAUGCUUAUAGUAGUCAAGGAUCAAUGAGUCUCGCAUUAUCACAAUCUGACCGUAUUCGAAUGAUAGAGAACUCUAAUUCUUCUUUGGGUCAUGGUUCUAUCAUGUCUCAAGACAGUUCAAUCGGAUAUUUAGACGAUUACAAAAGUCAGGGUGAUGAUACUAUUUUGAGUCAAGAUUUUGAAAUUAGAUCUCAAUCCGGAUACCAGUCUCAAAGCUUUACGCAAUAUUAA